AUGUCGAAAUACCGGAGGAAUGACACCAACAGAAGCCUUGAGACAUUGUUGGACUUGGACAAAAGUGUUAAGAUGAACAAGAAUUUGGCCAAGCAGAAGACAAGGAAGCCGGUUCCGGGACAAGGCCUUGAGUUUAAGAACCUCUCUUAUAGUGUCAUGAAGAAGCAGAAAAAAGACGGAGUUUGGAUCACUAAAGAAGCUUAUCUCCUCAAUGAUAUCUCUGGUCAGGCCUUGAGAGGUGAAAUCAUGGCCAUUAUGGGUCCUAGUGGUGCUGGGAAGUCGACGUUUCUUGAUGCUUUGGCGGGGCGAAUCGCUCAGGGAAGUCUUCAAGGAUCUGUCAGAAUUGAUGGAAAGCCAGUGACAACAAGCUACAUGAAGAUGAUUUCAUCUUAUGUGAUGCAAGAUGAUCAGCUCUUCCCAAUGUUAACCGUCUACGAGACAUUUUUGUUUGCAGCUGAGGUUAGGCUCCCGCCUUCGGUAUCCAGGGGUGAAAAGAAGAAAAGAGUUUAUGAGCUUCUUGAUCAAUUAGGCCUCACGGCAACAGCUCAUACAUACAUUGGUGAUGAAGGGAGGAGAGGAGUAUCGGGUGGUGAGCGAAGAAGGGUGUCCAUUGGGAUCGACAUAAUCCAUAAACCAUCGCUUCUGUUCCUCGAUGAACCUACCUCAGGUCUCGAUUCUACAAGCGCCUUUAGCGUCGUGGACAAGGUCAAGGACAUUGCAAAAGGUGGAAGCAUUGUUCUGAUGACCAUCCAUCAGCCUUCAUUCAGAAUCCAAAUGCUCUUGGACUGCAUCACUGUUCUUGCAAGGGGAAGACUGAUAUAUUUAGGAAGUCCCACAGGUUUAGAUGCACAUCUAACAGGAUUUGGAAGGCCAGUACCAGAGACUGAGAACAACCUGGAGUAUCUUCUGGAUGUGAUUAAAGAGUAUGAGCAAUCAACAGUGGGACUUGAUCCGUUGGUGCUAUAUCAAAGAGAUGGCAUCAAGCCUGAUGCAGUGGCUGCAACCCCUAUUCCAAAGCCACCAAAGGGUAGCAGAACACCCGGCACUCCAUACUCCUCCAAGGCUCCUGGUUCCAGGCACAUCAGCCUCCGAAGUCAUCAGUUUUCUGCUGGUAUGACACCAGGAAUGGAUUCUACCAGCUUCCAGUAUUACGAGGAUGAUGAUGAUGAUGAAGAUGAUUUUGAUAAUUCGCUCGAGCGCAAAACCAAGCACACGCCGAUGAGCAUGCACAGUGGAGUCUAUAACCCACGUUUGGCUUCUCAUUUCUACAAAGACUUCUCAGUUUGGCUCUAUCAUGGCGUUAAGGGCAGCGUUAAGGGGACACCACGGCGUCCACCAUCAUGGACACCAGCACAUACCCCUGGAAUAACUCCUGGAACAAGAAGCCAUGUUUCCAGCCAAUUUCCAACACCACAGCAAGGAACCAAGACUCCCGUGGCUUUUAGUCCAUCAGUCGAUUCGCAUGUCUCUUACAUUUCUGAAUUCGAUGAGGAAGUGCUCGAUGAGCCUGAGCACAGGGACAAAUACGCGAAUCCAUGGCUCCGCGAGGUCUUAGUCCUCUCGUGGCGCACUACACUCAAUGUUGUCCGAACUCCAGAGCUGUUCCUCUCCCGCGAGGUAGUUUUGAUAUUCAUGGGGAUUGUGCUAUCUACCCUCUUCAGGAAACUCCAUGACCUAGAUUUCAUAACUGUUAACCGGCUCCUUAACUUUUACCUCUUCACCAUGUCACUGAUCUUCUUCUCUUCCAAUGACGCCGUCCCAACUUUCAUCCAAGAGCGGUUUAUCUUCAUCAGAGAGACAUCCCACAACGCCUACCGGGCAUCUACCUACGUCAUCUCCUCCCUCAUUGUUUAUCUCCCUUUCUUUGCUGUUCAGGGCUUCACAUUUGCUGUCAUCACCAAGUACAUGCUUCACCUGAGAAGCAGCAUUAUCUACUUCUGGUUGAUUCUUUAUGCGGCGCUCAUCACGACUAAUGCAUACGUGAUGCUGGUCAGUGCAGUUGUCCCUAGCUACAUCACGGGAUACGCGAUCGUGAUAGCUACAACAGCGCUCUUCCUGAUCACCUGCGGCUUCUUCUUGAAAGCAUCUCAGAUUCCAAAGUACUGGCUGUGGCUGCAUUACAUUUCCGCAAUCAAAUACCCUUUCGAGGCGCUGUUGAUCAAUGAAUUCAAAGGCACAACUUGUUACAAUGGAAAUCCUUCUGACCUUACACCUGGACCUUUGGGAGAUGUGAAGAGAAGCAAGCUGCACAACACAUCAGUUGGAGUUCUGCCAGAGAAAUGCUUGUUGAUUGGCGAAGAUAUCUUGUUCUCUAUGGGGAUUAAACUGGACAACCUGUGGUAUGACAUCUUGAUUUUGCUGGCAUGGGGCGUCGUCUAUCGCUUCUUCUUCUACUUGGUGCUGAGAUUUUACUCCAAGAAUGAGAGGAAAUGA